AUGGGCAACGCUGCUUGUCGAAGUCUUCUCGAUGAAGCAAAAAACUACCAACUUCUGAGAUUCUCUUCAUUUGAACAACCGAAUAUUCAAGAACCACGCACUCGAUCGCGGAAGCCUCUCAACUUAUUUUGCGACACAUUUGGGAAGACACAUGAAAGGACGGUUUUGUCUGUGUGGAACGCAUUAAUCCCGAAGAAGCGCGACCCGUAUGGCGAACGAGUCGGACUCGGCAAUGCUUUUCUCGACGACUUCCUCUACGCUAUUGGUGGUGUGGAUGGCGAAACAUAUUUGAAUAGUGCUGAAAGGUAG